AUGGCCUUAAGAGAUAAGACAAGUGGAGAGCAACCUUUCUUCUCACUCUGGAUACCUCCUCCUUUACAUCAGCAAGCUCAGCCUCCACGAUCAGAGAAGCACCAUUCACAAAUCCCUCCGUCACCCUAUCGCGCAACCCUACCCCUUGAUGGCACCGCCUCCCGGGGAGCCAGCGCUGGCCGACCGCCCCUACCUGCGGGACGCGAGCGGCGAGGGAGGGGAGCGGCCCGGAACCUGCGCCAACUCUUGCUUCUUCGGCCGGCUGCGCUCUGCAUCGCCCCGGAGCGGCGGCCGCCGCCACCCGGAGCAGAACGCUCAGGAGCGCGGAGGAAAAGGCCACGCAGCGCACGAGGAGUCGCGGGCCGCCAGCGAGCUAGCCCGUCCGCCCCCCGCCCACCCUGCCUGCAAGGCCAGGUCUCCGCGCCGCGCACGCCGGGCCCGCCGCCGGCGCCCCGGGCCUGGGCGGGGGCUGCUCCAGGGCGAACCCGGGCACGACGCGGUCACCUGCCCGGCAGUCACCCCGCGUCCGCCGGGGGCUGGCCCCAGCGCAGCAGCGACGCAACACGCGACCCUCCGGGCGCGGGGGCACCGAGGGCGUUACUACCUUGA